UGGCGGCGAGUCGUACGCGGAUGAUAUGCUUGAGCCGUACGCGGAGCGGGGGGCUACAGCUGAAAGACCUUGACCGGACGAAUCGCACUCGCACAGCGACGGUGGAUUCGAAGAAGCGCGAUGCCGUUGGCCGGGAUCGUGCCCUCCUCCGCCGCGGCUUUUCUCCUCCUAUUCGUCCUCUUGGCCGAGGGGCAGCCGGCGGAAGGCCUCAUGGCCAAGAACGGCAGCGAGGCCUUCUUGGCGCCAGAGCCAGAGGUGUGCUACUGCUACCGGAGGAGCGUCACCGACGGGGAAGCCAAGCUGACCAAGACGGUCGCCGUCGGCCCUAUUGAGCUGGGCCUGGGCGCAGUGCCGACGUCAAAGACAACAGCAGUCCCGGCGGACACGCACGCGCCCGCACCUCCAGCGCUAGCCCCGCCUGCCGCUGAAACGGGCUUGAGCUGGCGAGCCAAGGCAUGGUGCUGCUGGGUCCUCGCCGUGGCAACGGUGGUCGUCGUGUUCGUGGUGAGGCCUGAAACGUUCCUAGUAUCACCGCGAAUCGACGGCAUGUUCAUCACCGACGGCGAGGGAGAUCCGCCGGUUGAUGGCAACGAACAUACCACCAUGGGCAUGGAUACGGUGCCCGACAUCCUCAAAGUCAGCGUCGACUCAAGCGAAACUAGGCGAGAACGUGGAUCGAGUCCGAUGCCCCGACCCCAGCCGCACGACCCCAUGUUGAUCGCCGAUACCAAUGGGGAUUCGCUGGUGGACGGCCACCACGACGGCCGCGGCGAGCUCUUCUACUGCCCCAUGUGCAUGGAGGCGGCGCCCAUCAUCCUCAAAUCCCGCUUCGACUCGUGCGACGACCACGCCUUCUGCUCGAGCUGUGUCGCCAAGUACGUCGCUGUGAAGCAGCGCCAGGACAUCGCUCUUCCCGUCGAAUGCCCCGACUGCGAGGACGACGCCUGCCGCGACCCCUUGUUGAACAGCGAUGGCGAGGGCAAUGGAGAUUCACGGGCGGACGGCAACGGUAAGCGCUUCUACUGCGCCAAGUGCAUGCAUGUGGCGCCAUGUGCAUGUAUACGGCCCAGCUUCACCUCGUGCGCCCACGACUUCUGCUCGAGCUGUGUUUCUCGUCAACUGCGAGGACGCCGCUGCCAAGCCGGAAAGCUUCCGCGGCAUCACCCCACCGACACCGACCUCCUCCCCAAGGGCAAUGGAGAUUUGCCGGUCGACGUUGGCGGGGAGCUCUUCGACUGCGCCAUCUGCAUGGAGCUGGUGCCCGGCACCCUCAAGUUCAGCGUCAACUCGUGCGCCCACGCCUUCUGCUCGGGCUGCGUCGCCCAGUACAUCGCCGCCAAGCUUGACGACAAGGUCGCUCGCAUCGGAUGCCCGCACCCAGGCUGUGAGGACGGUGCCGUCGAGCCGGAGAGCUGCCACGGCAUCAUCCCCACGGACCUCCUCGACAAGUGGGGCUUGCUGCUGUGCGAGCUCGCGGUAGGCGCCAAGAGGAUGUACUGCCCGUACCGGGAAUGCUCGGCGCUCCUGCUCGCCGACAGCGAGGCGGCGAUCGCCGAGGCGGAGUGCCCGCACUGCCACCGGCUUUUCUGCGCCCGGUGCGCCGUGCCGUGGCACGGCGGCUUCGGGUGCGACGAGUUCCAGAAGCUCGGGCCGGAGGAGCGCGGCCGGGAGGACCUCUUGCUCCGGCGUCUCGUCGGCAAGGAGGGCUGGCAGCGGUGCCCCGAGUGCCAGAUGUUCGUGGAGAAAUCGGAAGGGUGCAACUACAUCAAAUGCAGGUGUGGAUACAGCUUCUGCUACCGAUGCGCAUCCGAGUUGUCCGCGCAAAACCAUUACUGCAACAAGUGCAAGCGCUAAUAACGGUCUGGUUGGCUAUGGAGGGACGCUUCUUACUACCAACUACCACAUGAGUUCAUCUCGGCCAUGUUAAUUUCCUCAAGCCUUCAUCCAAAAAAUGUUUCCUCGAGCGAACAAUGGAAAUCUAGUCAGGAAAAGAACCUUGAUUAAUUAGGUUGUACAGCUUUGUUUGGUUGAUUCUCCACUUGUCGGUGUGGAUUGGUGACAAUAAUAUUCUUGCCACUUUCGAUUUGUAAUUAGGGUAGAGUCAACCAUGUCUUUGAGCUAGCAAUCGCCGUGCUUGUUUUAUAAUGUCCGGCUUGCAACGAACUAUGCACACUACUACAAAUUAAAUUACUAUUGAUCACUCAUCACUGACCGUGUCAGUGAUGAGGGCAACAUUCAGCUACUGAUAUGCCUCAAAUAUAUCUAUAAUUUUUU